UCUAAAUGGCAUUAACAAUUUCAAGGUGCAAAACUAGCUUCCAGCAUUAGGGCUCAUUGACUGGUAAACAAUUCCACUGUUUGGUAAAAAGGUAUUUUUCUGAAUAAAAUGAUCUCUUCUAAAUGAUCUCUUGGGGUACCCAUGAGAGUUAUGUGACAAUGAACUAUAUAAUGUCAGAAUCACUGUGAUUUUAUUCACUUCUUUUCAGGUAUCUUCUUCAAGUAUGGAAUUUGUAUGGAAAAGAUGGUGGUGUCUUCAGCUGGGCUGUAUGUUAUUAGUGAAUUUGGUUUAUGCCAAUCUAGAGUAUCAAAAAGAAACUCCUCCAAGCCUGCGUGAGAUUGACCAUCAGUGCUGGGAGGUAUCAUCCCAUGGGCUGGUGGAAAUGAAGAAACUCAAGGUGGCAGAUACAGUCAUUGCUCUCUGGGACUUCAUGAUGUUCCUAAAGGAAUCCCCUAAGCCCAAGCACAAUGAUCUCUUCAAUGAUUUAGCCCAGAACUUCUGGGACAUGUAUGUAGACUGUGUGCUCUCAAGAUCCCAUGGAAUGGGCAGAAGACAAUUAACAUCUCCCAAAUAUUCUUCCACGUACUCACACAGAACUUUAGGAGGUAACUAUAGUUAUGGGAUGUGGUACUAAUAUUGAACUGAACCAAUGCUCCAUCCUCACCCUUCAAUGUUUAGACAGCUCAAUAUACUAAUUUCCAAUUUUCUGUCUCUACUUGUCAAAAGUGUUUGCAUCUUUCAACGGUAGCUACUUUCACAAUACACGAGACACUGGUAGUUAAGAGUACCACAUUUCUAUAUUUAACAAAGUGUAAAAAAUACUGGGUAUGCAUGUGGAAGUGUGUGGAAAUGGAUGCUGCAUUGUCUGUUUAUCACAGUGUGCAUAUAAAUGACAACACAUGGAUAAGUAAUUACAAUACUCAAAGUUUCCUGGUAUUAGGAGCUCAGUCUCAGCUUUGGGGAUUCUUUGUUCUGCAGAAGGGAGGUUCAAACCCCUGAUGGUUUGAGCCCUAUUUUUCCCAGUAAAACUACU